CCUUUCCGCUGUGCCCAGGAUGGUGAGGGGAGGGGAGAAAGGCGAGGAGGUUUUCGCGGCCUGCGGUGUGGUUCUAUUCGGAAAUCAGUAGUUAUCGCUUCAUUCUGAGCCGACGGAUGUUUUACACGGACCUAAAUUCAAUUUGAAGCGGCGGGUGCUCUAAACGGUGCAUGAAGCUCUUGAAAAACCACACCGGACUGAAGGGAAGUCAGAAAGAAGACCAGGAAGAGAACAGGAAGUAGCUUUUAGCAAGUGGCGAUGGCCUACUCUAACUACAGCACACUGAACAGGGCUCAGCUCACCUUUGAGUAUCUGCACACCAACUCGACGACCCAUGAGUUCCUGUUUGGAGCUCUGGCUGAGCUGGUGGACAACUCCAGGGAUGCCAAUGCCACCCGGAUUGACAUCUACACAGAGAAGAAACAAGACUUGCGUGGAGGCUACAUGCUGUGUUUCUUAGACGACGGCACUGGAAUGGACCCCAACGAGGCGACCCAUGUGAUCCAAUUUGGGAAGUCCAGUAAGCGUACACCAGAUUCCACUCACAUUGGCCAGUACGGGAACGGACUCAAAUCGGGUUCCAUGCGUAUUGGGAAAGACUUUAUUCUGUUUACCAAGAAGGACAACACUCUGUCCUGCCUGUUCCUGUCUAGAACAUUCCAUGAGGAGGAGGGGCUUGACGAGGUGAUCGUACCCCUGCCCACCUGGGAACUGCUGACCAGACAGCCAAUCACAGGCGACCCUGAGAAGUUCGCCAUAGAGACGGAGCUCAUCUACAAAUACUCUCCUUUUAAAAACGAACAGCAGCUGAUGGAACAGUUCAACAAGAUAGAGGGCAGCAGCGGUACUCUGGUGAUCAUCUAUAACCUGAAGUUGAUGGACACUAGAGAACCAGAGCUGGACGUGGAGACAGACCACCAGGAUAUCCUGAUGGCUGGGACCCCCUCAGAGGGAGUGAAGCCAGAGCGUCGGUCGUUCCGAGCGUAUGCUGCUGUCCUCUACAUCGACCCCAGGAUGAGGAUCUUCAUACAGGGACACAAAGUCAGGACCAAGAGACUGUCCUGCUGCCUCUACAAACCCAGGGUAUAUAAAUACACAUCGACUCGAUUCAAGACCCGCGCUGAGCAGGAAGUAAAAAAGGCUGAUCACCUCGCUAAGUUAGCGGAGGAGAAGGCUCGCGAGGCGGAGAGCAAAAGUCUGUCUCUGGAGACCAGACUGGGAGACGACAUGUCCAGAGAAUCACGGGUCAUGUUGCGUAAGGCUCAGGAGGGUGCCAUGAUGCUUCGUCGGGAGGCAGAAGUGAAGAAGAAGAUUCAGGAGUCCAAACAGAAAGCAUUGAAGGACCCUAAGGAGCUGAGUUUUAUCUUUGGGGUGAACAUUGAGCAGAGAGACCUGGAUGGGAUGUUUGUGUAUAACUGCUCUCGCCUCAUCAAGAUGUACGAGAAGACUGGACCUCAGCUGGAGGGAGGAAUGGCGUGUGGGGGUGUUGUGGGGGUAGUAGAUGUCCCAUACCUGGUUCUGGAGCCCACUCACAACAAGCAGGACUUUGCGGACGCUAAAGAAUACAGACACCUUCUGAGAGCCAUGGGAGAACACCUAGCCCAGUACUGGAAGGACAGCAACAUAGCUCAGAAGGGCAUAGUGAAGUUCUGGGAUGAGUUUGGGUACCUGUCUGCCAGCUGGUCCUCGCUCCCCUCGCCAGAGCAGAGGUACAAGAGACGCCGCGCCAUGGAGAUACCCCUCACGAUACAGUGUGAUAAGUGUCUGAAGUGGAGGACUCUGCCAUUCCAGAUGGAUGCGGUGGAUAAACGUUACCCAGACAGCUGGGUGUGUCUGAUGAACCCUGACAGCACUCAGGACAGGUGUGACGCGGCGGAGCAAAAACAGAACCUUCCAUGUGGAGUUCUGAAGAAGGACAGGCAGACGGCCGAGGACAAACAGAAAGAACUGACAGAGAAGAUCAGACAGCAGCAGGAGAAACUAGAGGCUCUGCAGAAAACCAGCACCAUCAGAUCCGCUGCAGAUGUGAAGAAGUUACCUCUGGACGUCAGCAUGAGACCCAUGAAUGAGAGUUCCUCCCAGGGAACCAGGUCGUCAGACCGUGUGUCACGCCCUCGCUCCCCCCCUCUCCCUGCCCUCCUCAAGAACGCCCCCAGCCAGCCCCCCGCCCUCAACCGCAAACCCACCAAUUCCCCUCGACCGACCACCCGGCCUGCUGCCCCUCCCCCGGCCCCCAGAGUCGACCAAUCUAGAGCUGCAGCGAAGCAGUCACCCCCUCCAGCAAAGCCCGCCCCCAAAGCUCCAGCCAAAGUCCCCGCCAAACCCACCCCUCCAAGCCGUAGCUCACGGACUCCAGCCAAAUUGUCUCCUGCCAAAGCAACCACACCUGCUAGCAGCCAGCGCAAGAGAGUGAUAGAGCAGGAGGAGAGUGAGGAGGAGGAGGAGGAGGAGGAGGAGGAGGAGGAAAAAGAGGAGGAAGACGAGGACGACAGCGAGGAUGACCGUGGGGAGGAGGAGCCUCAGCCCAAGAAAUCCAAGAUGGCAGCUGCAGUGGGGAAUCGUGGGAAAGCUGUUAAGAAAGCUCCACUCAAACGGGGAAAAGUGACGGAGGUGACAGACAGCACAGAGAACGAGGACCCAGAAAAUGAACUGAAGAAUGCUCAGAAAGAUAAGGGUCUGUUGGUGGAGGUGCGUGUGAAUAAGGAAUGGUUCACAGGCAAAGUGGUUGCUGUGGAUACCAGUAAGCAGAGCGUUCGCUGGAAGGUGAAGUUUGACUAUGUCCCCAGAUCCACCCCCAAGGAUCGAUGGGUUUUCAAAGGCAGUGAGGAGGUGAGGUUGAUGCGACCCCCCUCUCCCCUCUCCCAGACCCCUGACACACAGCAAGGGGAGGGGACUGAGAAAGGCCCCCCCAUGGAACCCGACACCACCCAACCAGGAACCAGUCGAGAAGUGACUGACAACCUGGUCACCAUGAUGAGGACGGUGCUGCGUUAUUUCUUCCCUCCUGAUUUCCGGAUCCCGAAGGACGAUGUCAACAGCAUGACUGCAGAGGAGCUAGUGGCCUUCCCUAUGAAAGAGUAUUUCCAGCAGUAUGAGCUGGGUCUCCAGUCUUUGUGUAACUCGUACCAGAGCAGAGCUGAUGCCAGAGCCAAAGCUGUGGAGGAAAAGAGUAGCAGCGCUGAGACCAAACUCAGGGAGGCAGACGAAAAGCUACAGAAACUACGAACCAACAUCGUACAACUGCUGCAGAAAGUACAGGAGGACAUUGACAUUAACACAGAUGAUGAACUGGAUGCCUACAUAGAAGACCUGCUGACCAAGGGGGACUAGAGAGGAGACAGACAGACAGACAGACAGUAUGUCUCUCCACCUGGUGCCUGACUCAGACAGCACUGCCCCAUCUGACUCUCAGAACUCUGGUCUGUCCGGCCUUCCCAACGUACUGUAGCUCUGUAGCUCCUCUACAGUCGCCCUUUACCCAUAACCCCCUCCACAAGGCCCGCCCGCCCCGCUCUACACAGUCUACUCUGUCUUCUGUUAGAUCUGCAGAUGGAGGAGAGGCAGCUGCUGCCUGAACUGGUGCUUUUGCCAUUUGGUCCCUGAGUUUGUUUUUAUAAAACUGCAGUAUAUGUUUUUUUUCUGUUUCUCUUUCUGUACCUUUUUAGUUAGCAUUAGCAUGUUCUCAUAAUGGACGUGUAUUUUUAUUUAGUCCUUUUAUAUAUCAACAAUGUAUGUUAUAUACAAGUUAUGUUAAGCUACUGUAGGUUAAGCCAGCCAGUCCUGAUUGACUGUAGAACUGAACUAUUGUCAAUCUGUAGGUGGCAAUCAGAUUCUGCACACACAUAUACACAUAAACAUACAGACACACACACACACACACGCCAGUCUGAGUAUGGCACAAAGCGUCUCUGAUCAAAGUUCCUGUGAUGUAGAUGACAGGCGAUUCUGUGAUUUCAGAAGAGGGUCUGAUGGUGAACUAAACCAUGGAGCAGGGAAGAUUCAUAUGUAUUCUCUAUAUUGAUCUGUGAUCAGGUGGAGAGAAAUUACAUGAAUCAUAAACCAAUAAUCGGAUAACGUCCUGACCCAUAACCCCUUUAUUACCACCAGUCACAGUCAGAUGCAAAUCCAGUCCCAUUGAAUCUCAGAUUUGAUGUUAGCUGCCAUCACUCUGGUCUAGCCUUUUAAAGCAUGUUAAAGCAUUAAGUUUCACCCAUUAUCCCAGUGUUGAUAAAACAAAUCAGUGUUGCCUAGCGGCUUUCAACCUACUUGCUCCUCUCCCACCCUACCCUCCUCUCUCCCACCCUACCCUCCUCUCUCCCACCCUACCCUCCUCUCUCCCACCCUAGC